CCACAAAGGAGGAUCACGAAACACAAGUAGUAUCACUGAUAGACGUAAGUAUGCAAUAUAAUAAUCCAGCAUCUACUUGAUAUUCAGCUGCAGGAGUAUCCUCUUACCACCCAGAGCGAUAGGCCUUACAAGGUGCACAUAACUCCAUCAAUGCUAUCUCAUAUAGGCUCAACCUACGCGAGGGGCGAAAUAUCCUCGCACAAGCCGGGCAAGACCAAGGACAUGUAUCAGUAUCGGGGCGCAAAAUGCAAGAGGGAGUGGCUUGCCAUAACUACUCGCAGUAGUAUACUGGUGGACUUAAAGACCAGCCUUGCUUAUGGUGACCCCUGCCUGACGGCACCGAUCUUGUUACCAAUAUUAUUUCCGAAUUCGAGAGGCGGUACCGCAGCCACACUCCAAGAGCUGGAAUCCCCAAUGUGCUCGAGGGUAAGGGGCUGCACAAAGAAGAUUCUGUCGAAGCCGGGUUCGCACUCCUCCUCCAGAGCAUUGUCGAGGAGCUCGACAAAUCAGUCCCCGGUGCGCGUACUUUGGGUUACCUGGUGACAUCGAACAAGGAAAUCGAUGGGAAAGGUAAGCCGGACAUUAGCAUAGUUCCGACGGGAUGGUGCGAAAAUGAGCAUGUCA